CCUCCCUUUCUCGGGCCGCCUGCUUGGCUCUGUCGGAGGGGGGUCCCAUUGGAAGGGAGCUGUCCAGCUUUGGAGCGAUUCUCCGGCGAGUUUCCCCUUCGGGAGCUUGUAUGCAUGACUCUCCGGAAAGGCGAGAAAACCACGAUCAGCAUCCAAGAGCACAUGGCCAUUGACGUAUGCCCUGGCCCCAUCCGUCCCAUCAAGCAAAUUUCGGAUUACUUCCCUCGUUUCCCUCGUGGACUCCCUGCCACCGUCAGCCGGGCCAACAGCCUGCGUUCCUCUGCCAGCCAGGCCGCGGUCAGCCCCUCGGAGACGGCGCCCCGGGAAGAAGACGAAGAUGUGGACCAGCUUUUUGGGGCGUAUGGCACCGAACCGGUGGAACAGCCCCCCAAGCAGCGGGCCAAAGAGGAGGCGGAGGAGGAGGCGGUGGACGCCGAGGGCUACGAAUCCGACGACUGUACUGCCCUGGGGACGUUAGAUUUCAGCUUACUCUACGAUCAAGAAAACAACGCUCUCCACUGCACGAUCAACAAAGCCAAGGGCUUGAAACCUAUGGAUCAUAAUGGGUUAGCCGACCCAUAUGUCAAAUUGCACUUACUCCCCGGUGCCAGUAAGGCGAAUAAAUUGAGGACGAAAACCUUGCGGAACACGCUAAAUCCUACUUGGAAUGAAACCCUCACGUACUAUGGGAUUACCGAUGAGGACAUGAUCCGCAAAACGCUCAGAAUUUCCGUCUGCGACGAGGACAAAUUCCGCCACAAUGAGUUCAUAGGAGAAACGAGGAUCCCAUUGAAGAAGCUGAAACCCAACCAGACCAAAAAGUUUAAUAUCUGCCUGGAGAAACAGCUACCUAUAGACAAAACAGAAGACAAGUCCUUGGAGGAGCGUGGCCGGAUCCUCAUCUCCCUCAAAUACAGCUCCCAAAAGAAUGGCCUGCUGGUGGGCAUCGUCCGUUGCGCACACCUGGCCGCCAUGGAUGCCAACGGCUACUCGGACCCCUACGUGAAAACAUACUUGAAACCAGAUGAGGACAAAAAAUCGAAGCACAAGACAGCGGUUAAGAAGAAAACCCUGAACCCUGAAUUCAACGAGGAAUUUUGCUAUGAGAUAAAGCACGGUGACUUGACCAAGAAGACCCUAGAGGUGACGGUGUGGGAUUAUGACAUCGGCAAAUCAAAUGAUUUUAUCGGUGGCGUUGUGCUAGGCAUCAACGCCAAAGGGGACCGUCUGAAGCACUGGUUUGACUGCCUAAAAAACAAAGACAAGAAAAUUGAACGUUGGCACACGCUCACCAACGAGCUUCCGGGAGCCAUUCUCAGCGAUUGACUUCUCCCACCGACCUGGGGGACCUGGGAGAGCCUAUAGCACACUGCCCGAUGAAGGAACAACCGUUGCCUUUGGACUACCUGUUUACUCUCUUCGGUGGGAUGGGUCCCAAAUCGGCAAGAUUGAGGGCUCCAGUUGAGAGCCCUACGUGACGGUUCAUUGGCAGGGAACUCUUUGAACCCCGGA